AUACAAGACAUGUAACUUAUCCGAAGGAGACUAAGUGGGAAUUGUCACUCACUAAAUCAAAAAAAGGCAAAUUGUUUCAUCCCACAUCAAUUUUGAACACUAAUUUCAACACUACCUAUCCAGGGUGGCUAAAAAUAAACGAAAAUGAACUUUGAAAAAAAUAAAGCGAAUUUAUUGAGUGCAAGUGAUGAUGUGUUACUGCACAUAUUCAAAUAUCUGAAUUGGAUUGAUUCUAUUAACUUAGCGGUCACGUGUAAACGUAUGAAAAGUGUUCAGUAUUACCUGCAGAAACAAAAUCAAAAAUUCGACUUAGCGAAGUGUGUGAAAAAAGUCACAGUUCCAAUCGAAAAUGUUUUGUCUGAGAUCGGCCCACAUAUUCGAGUAGCUAAAAUUGAUGAGAGUGCUAUUCAUACCACUUUUGUGAAAAAAUGUCUUAACAUCAAAUCACUGGAAAUCGACGGUUCCAUCAUCAUCAGUAAGAAUGUCGCUAUUACAUUAAAUGCAUGGAUAAAAAAGCUACAUAUCGAUAGUCUUUCUAUGGGACAAGGAUUUGAAGAUUGUGUGGAGGAUAUUCUGGAUGGAAUUACUGGGUUGAAUUCAUUUGCAUUUGAUAGUUUUGAUAAACUUUUGCCAACCGAUUUUUUUGACAAAAAUUCGAAUAUUGAACAUCUUUUACUCGUUAUGGGAAAUGACGCUGAGUUAGCUUUGGAUCUAUCAUCUCUCCAUGUUCUUCACAAUCUACAUAGUCUUUCCUUAACUACUCAAAAGACUGCUGUCCUGGACGAUGUCCGAGAAUAUCUAAAAGUGGAUCAGCUGAAGGAAUUUUCAAUUUAUAUGCUUGAUGACAAUUGGGAUGCAGAUACAUGGGAAGACUUUGCAAACUAUUUAGCAAAAAACACGAAAUUAGAUAAAUUACGAAUAAUUGGAUCCGUCGAAUUCGACACAAAAACAUUUUCCCAAUUAAAAUUGUUCAAUUUAACAUCAUUAUGGUUGGACGUUCGUUUUUCUUGGGACGAUCUCUCAACGGCCUUAUAUGAAAGUACAGCAUUGCGACUCAAGUAUUUAAGGUUGGAAUGGCCUCUGUCUUGGUGCAACUCGAGAAGAAUUGGGAGUAUCUUUAAAAUGUGGACGACCGUCGAAGUAGUCUGUUUUGGCACAAAUGAUACAUCAGAUCUACUACAUCAUUUCAACGAUCGAUUUUUCAGCGACAUUUUAAACUUAUCCAACAAUCGACCAGCAUUAAAGUUACAUAUCUUCUCUUCCGAAAUAUGUUUCAACUUUAUUUUAAAACGGUAUCACGUAAUUGAAGGAAGAGAGUGCUGCUCAUGCAAAGACAGUUUUCAGUUUUCUCUGGAAUCAUCAUCAUGUACAUAGAUAUAUGAAUUUAUGAUUUUUUUUCGACAAAUAAAUGAAGUACUAGUGGUCGUAG